CCCUCUCUCUUCCUCAACACUGCUCCCCUUCUCGACCAAAAUAGAAACAUAAAUCCAAAUACCAUUCUUCCUAAUUUCCAAUUUUUAAUUUUUUUUAAAUCGAUUUCUCCAUCGAUCAGCAGCGUGAGCAAUUUGUGGCUGGAAUUCUCAAGCAGGGUUGUGAUCCUUCUUCUUCUUCGCCGUAGAAGCCGAUCGAUGGCUUCGUCUUCACAGCAAGAUCUAGAAUCUAAUGUUGGUUCGCUCUUUCCCCUCCCCGCCACCGCCGCCGCCGCCAAGAAGGAUUCUUUAGCAAGCCCUAGAUUCAUGAAAACUCUUCCGAGAAAAGGAUCCCAGAGAGUCGGAGAGAAGACGGCGGAAGUGGACCUGGCUCGCUCGUCCGACGGUGGGACCGACAAAGAGGCGUUUAUCUUACAAGUAGCGGACGAAGGAGAAGGUUGCAUGGUGAACCAUGCGACCACCCCGACAGCGAAGUGGAAGAGAAUCCCAGGCCGGCGAAGCUCGUCGUGGAUCGAUCCCCGGAGAGUGCUCAUCUUCUUCGCUACCUUGUCAAGCAUGGGGACACUCAUAUUGCUAUAUUUCACUAUCUCCAUGAGCAUGGCUAAUAGUGAUGCAAAUGCAAGGUGAUGGCUUAAGAAAGACAAGUUGGUGUUGCUUUAAUAGUGCUGGGGGAUGAGGACAAAAGCAGAGACUAGAAAGUGGGAAAGGUGGUGCAGAGUUGCAGGGUAAAGUGAUUGAGUUAGUGCCAAUGGCUGGCUUAUUUGUAUAUGUUUACUGGCUUAUGGAGUGUUUCAUGGUUUAUAAAAGUUGAUUCUUUUUGGGUGGAUUUGCUUUUGUUCUUGUUUUGGUUGCUGUUGUAUUGUUUUUUUUUUGGGUGGCUUGUGUGAGGUUUAUGUGCUUUUGUAUUUAUAAGUGAUCACUUCCAUUCUUCUUUGUAUUCUUUUAAA